CGUUGGCCAAGUCAAGUUGCAUUGAAGCGAGGACAUUUGCAUCCUCCAUGAAGUCGUAUCUGCGGUACUCCGCCGAGAGUUCCUUCGGGGUCGUAUGCAGUCCCAACUCUCGAUGUGUGUAUGACUUGACGGGCCAACUGGCCAUUUGUGGCGCGCUCAAGAACGUGAUUGUGUGGAACAUCCGCACUGGCGCCAAAGUCCGCGUCCUGCACGGCGACAGCGAGACGGACACCGCCGGGCAGGUCACGGCGCUGUCUCUCAGUCCUGAUGGUGCGUACGUGGCCACAGGUUACUCGACGGGCAUCGUGCGCAUCUUCAAACUCAGCAAUGGCAACGUCGAGGUCACGUUGGACGGGCACAAGAACGCCAUCGAGAGCUUGGCCUACGGCGAGAACGGCGCGUUGUUGGCGUCGGGGUCCCGCGACACCGACAUUAUCGUGUGGGAUAUCGUCAGCCAAUCCGGACUGUACCGUCUCCGCGGCCACAAAGACGCCGUCACGGCGGUUGCGUUCCUCGACAACCAGCGCACGCUCGUGUCCACGUCCAAGGACACGCUCAUGAAGGUGUGGGACCUAGAUACCCAGCAUUGCGUGCAAACGUGUGUGGGUCACCGGAACGAAAUCUGGUCGCUUGACACCCACGAACCCACGCACCGCUUGCUCACGGGCGCGUCGGACAACCUCCUGCGAGUAUGGGACACAUCGGACGCGGCGUCUGUGCAGCUGCUCGGCACCAUCCAGCGCCAAGCCAACGACCGCGCCAUGCUGGUCCAGUACAACUCCACGGGCACGUUGAUCGGAUGCCAAGGGUCCGGGAAGACGCUGGAACUGUUUCGCAUCCGGUCUGCCGACGAACAGAAGAAAAAGGCACAGCGCAAACUCAAGCGCGUCCGUGAAAAGGCCCGCAAACUUCAAGAUGGCUCUCAACCAGCCAUCGCUCCUGAUGACAAUGACAAUGACGACAGUGAUGUGAACCCGAUUGCAAACGAAGUCGAGUCGGUGUGCGUGAUUCGCUGCAGCGCGAAAAUCCGGUCAUUUGCGUUCAGCCCCGACGCCGCCAAAGAUGGCACGACGUCGUUGCUGGUCACGUUGCACAACAACUCGCUCGAGACGUACGCGAUCGUCCCGCACGCCGAAACCGUCGACGGCCGCUUCGCCAGAGUCCAUGCGCUCACACUGCCAGGCCACCGGUCCGACGUCCGGCAGGUGACGCUGAGCUCGGACGACGCGCUGGUCCUGAGUGUCUCAAGCGGCGAAGUCAAAGUGUGGAACGCGCAGAGUCUCCAGUGCGUCCGGACGUUCACCGACUUUUCCCUUGCGCUGUCGGCAGUGUUUGCCCCGGGCAACAUGCACGUGAUCGUGGGGACCAAGGGCGGCAGUUUGCACUUGUUUGAACUGUCGUCGGGCGAGUGCAUUUGGAAAAAAGACGACGCGCACGCGGUGGGGUCGGCCAUCUGGUCGAUCGACGUCCGCCCGGACGGCAAGGCGGUGGCCACGGGCGGCGCCGACCACGUCGUGAACUUUUGGGACUUUGAAAUGACCUCCGAGUACACGCAGACGUCGACGCUCAAGCUCGGCCUCGUGCACGCGCGCAUGCUCAAGAUGGCGGACGACGUGCUGUGCGUCAAGUACUCGCACGCGUCUGACCCGCGCAAGCUGCUGGUGGCCGUGGCGCUGCUCGACUGCACAGUCAAAGUGUUUUACGACGAUUCGCUCAAGUUCUUCUUGUCGUUGUAUGGCCACAAGCUGCCCGUCAUGUCAAUGGACAUUGCGUCCGACGACACGCUGCUGGUCACGGCCAGCGCCGACAAAAACGUCAAGCUGUGGGGGCUGGACUUUGGAGAUUGCCACAAGAGCAUCUUUGCGCACGAUGAAGCGAUCAUGGGCAUCGCGUUCGUGCCGCAGACACACUACUUUUUCACAGCGUCCAAGGACAAGAGCAUCGCGUACUGGGACGGCGACCACUUUGAGCGCAUUCUCAAGCUCACGGACCAGCACUUUGGCGAAGUGUGGGCGCUGGCCGUGAGUCGCGACGGCAGCUUCGUCGUGUCGGCAUCCCAGGACCGAUCGCUCGUCAAGUACUCCCGUGGAGAGGACCAAGUGUUUGUCGAAGAGGAGAAGGAGAAGGAGCUAGACACGCUGUUUGAGAGUGACCUCCAGCCCACCAACACGGCCGGCCCGACCUUGGGCGGCACAAGCGUCGCCGCCACCGACGCGUCUGCGACUGCCGGCAAGCGCACCGUGCAGACCGUCAAGUCGGGCGAGCGGUUGAUCGAAUCGAUCGACAUUGCCGACCGCGAACUGCUGGCGCAGAAGAACAGCAAGGACCCGCACGCCGUGUCCACCAACUUUAUGCUGCUUGGGUACUCGCCGCUCAAGUUUGUCCUGCGCAGCGUGCGGGAGAUUCGCGCCAACGAGAUGGAGGAGGCACUGAUGGUGCUCCCGUUCGAGUACGUGAAGAAGCUGUUGUCGUACCUGCUGCAGCUCAUCGCGGCGGAGAUGGAGGUGGAGAUCUGCUGCAAUUGCGUGCUCUUCUUGCUGCGGGUGCACCACCACCAGAUUGUCACCAACACGAGCCUCCUCGGUGAGCUGGACACGAUGUGGGGCUCCCUCCGGGCCCAGCUGGUCUCGUCCAAGAACCGUAUUGGGUUCAACUUGGCGGGUAUGAAGUAUAUCAAGCGACAGGUCGACCAUAACAAAACGGGGUACGUCGAGGAGUUGGGGGGUGUGCCGUCCGCCGCCAAGAAGAGCAAGAUGUAGGUACACGCAGGUGUAGCAAUAAUAAUAACCACAACCAAUACUAUAGUAUCUCGAGG